GGUAUAUGCACGUGUUACCCACGUGACCACCAUAAUCAUAAACUUAUGCUAUGUUAUGUACCUCUUGCCUCUGCAAUUAAAUCGCAAUUACAAGCAUCACGAUCAAACUCCGAUUCAUAAUAUAGCUCGAGUCAAAUCAGCAGAAGUUCCAUCCUUCAAUCCUAAUUUACUACCCCCAUCCGAGCCAUGGAUUCUUCUGAGAAGAGAAAACAGCCUCCCUCUAAUGGGUCCGACGGUCGUCCCGUUAAAAAAAGCAAAGGCGGUAGUAAUGGCAGAUGGCAGACGCCUCACCAGAAGGCCAAACUCGAGGCCAUAAAGGGCAGGAGUCUGGAAGUGGGUGACAUGGGCAUCUGGACUACGUGUGUUAAAGGCAAGGAGCGACAGGCUUUAGCAGAAAUGGUUGAUCUCUGCGAAGAGUACGGCGAGAAGCUUUACGACAUCAAACGCCAAGAUCCCGCUGAGGCCAAGGAUGACGAGGAGGAUGACGAUGAUAUUGAAUCAUCCAUCAAGAAGGAAAUCCAAGGGAUGAAACCUGCGAGCAAAUCGAAGGACUCGGUAUUCGAGCCCAUGCGCAUGAAUCUCGAUUGUUUGCUAUUCAUACGGACGAAGCCGCCUGUCGACCCCGUCGCGCUCGUUCAGCAGAUCUGCAAGGAUGCAAAGGCGAUUACCGAGAAGUCACAGCGGCGAGCGAGAUUCAUCAAUCGGUUUACCCCCGUCACGCUGACUGCGAAAGCUACCGAGGCUGGCCUCGAGGAGGUUGCUAAGAAUGUCCUGGCUAAGCACUUCCAGCUUGCAGCAGGCGAGGACGGAGAGACGGAGGUCCCUAAUGGGGAUGCUUAUUCAUACGCUAUUCGGCCUAGCUUCCGCGCCCAUAACACCCUCAAGCGCGACGAUGUGAUCAAGAAAGUCGCAUCGCUCAUCGCGCCGCGCCACAAGGUCAACCUCUCAUCUCCGGACAAGGUUAUUCUCAUCGACAUUUACCAGACAUUCUGCGGCAUGAGCGUCGUCGACGGAGACUGGGAGUCUCUGAAGCGGUAUAAUCUCCACGAGAUAUACCUGUCGGCGCUAGGGCCCGACGAGAAGAAGAAGCAGGAGAAGAGUACGCAGACGGAAGAGUCUAAGGAUUAGAGUUAGAUAUAUAGUGCGAUGCUACAUCGAAGGAACUACGCUAAUACUCGUGGGAUGUAACGUAGGCAGCAUUAGUCCUACCCCGGAUUCCAGGUCGAUUUGCUGAGCUUUGCUGAGCUAAUCCUAUAGCCUCUUUUGACUACCUGCCUUAGGUGUCUGUUCUAUAAAGGUUAACGGGUGGUGAAUACCUGUUUGCUGGUUGAUUAUCAAGUGGGCAUUUCUCACUGGAAGAGGCGGUAAUGUUGCACUUCGAGACUUCGAGAAUUGUAAGGUAGGUAGUUACCCCAAAGCAACGAUGGUAAAUUAUGUGCCCAGUCGGUCUUUUUCUGGGCAUAUUAACAAGCAAUUUGUUAUUAAAGUAGGCUUACCUUGUGUAUUGUUUACGUUAUACGCCUCCUUACUACCACCCCUUUUACUAUAAGAGUGUAUUGUUGAAUCAAGCGAGAUAAUCCAACUUCAUUUAUUCUACCCUAUGCUGUAACCUCACUGUU